UUGCCCCGCCGGCUGGGCCCCCAGCGAUCCGCCAAGGGCCAAGUCCAGGUCAUUCAGGAUCUGUGGUCCGUCUUCUUAGCACAUUUCCGGAGAGGGAAGGCUAGGAGCUCCGGAGGAAAAACGGACUUUUUUUGAGGAGGAAAAGCGGAGGCAGACGGUGGAAGACAAGGCGCUCCGCAACCGCCGAUUUUCGCGCGCUUUGGCGCAGGUGGUUGUGGGUAGCUCGUCCGAGAGAGAGAAAGAAGUUGGGGGCCGUGGCGCGCCGCCCGUGGGGACUGAAAGGAUGUUCGAGGACGAGCCCCACGCCGAGGGGGCGGCGGUGGUCGCCGCAGCCGGGGAGGCGCUACAGGCGCUGUGCCAGGAGCUGAAUCUGGACGAAGGGAGCGCGGCCGAAGCCCUGGACGACUUCACCGCCAUCCGAGGCAACUACAGCCUAGAGGGAGAAGUUACACACUGGUUGGCAUGUUCAUUAUAUGUUGCAUGCCGCAAAAGCGUUAUUCCCACAGUUGGAAAGGGUAUCAUGGAAGGCAACUGUGUUUCACUCACAAGAAUACUACGUUCAGCUAAAUUAAGUUUAAUACAGUUUUUUAGUAAAAUGAAGAAAUGGAUGGACAUGUCAAACCUACCACAAGAAUUUCGUGAACGUAUAGAAAGGCUAGAGCGAAAUUUUGAGGUGUCUACUGUAAUUUUCAAAAAAUUUCAGCCAAUUUUUUUAGACAUAUUUCAAAAUCCGUAUGAAAAACCACCAAAGUUACGAAGCAGGAAGCAGAGGAGGAUUCCUUGCAGUGUUAAGGAUCUGUUUAAUUUCUGUUGGACACUCUUUGUUUAUACUAAGGGUAAUUUUCGGAUGAUUGGGGAUGACUUAGUAAACUCUUAUCAUUUACUUCUGUGCUGCUUGGAUCUGAUUUUUGCCAAUGCCAUUAUGUGCCCAAAUAGACAAGACUUGCUAAAUCCAUCAUUUAAAGGUUUACCAUCUGACUUUCAUAGUGCUGACUUUAGGGCUUCUGAGGAGCCACCCUGCAUCAUUGCUGUACUAUGUGAACUGCAUGAUGGACUUCUAGUAGAAGCAAAAGGAAUAAAGGAGCACUACUUUAAGCCGUAUAUUUCAAAACUCUUUGACAGGAAGAUACUAAAAGGAGAAUGCCUCCUGGACCUUUCAAGUUUUACUGAUAAUAGCAAAGCAGUGAAUAAAGAGUAUGAAGAGUAUGUUCUAACUGUUGGUGAUUUUGAUGAGAGGAUCUUUUUGGGAGCAGAUGCAGAAGAGGAAAUUGGAACUCCUCGAAAGUUCACUGGUGACACCUCACUAGGGAAAAUGGCAGCACAGGCUAAUGUGGAGUAUAACCUUCAACAACACUUUGAAAAAAAAAGAUCAUUUGCACCUUCUACCCCACUGACAGGACGGAGAUAUUUACGAGAAAAAGAAGCACUCAUUACUCCUGUUGCAUCAGCCACCCAAAGUGUGAGCCGGUUACAGAGUAUUGUGGCUGGUCUGAAAAAUGCACCAAGUGAACAACUUCUAAAUAUUUUUGAAUCUUGUGUGCGUAAUCCUAUGGAAAACAUUAUGAAAAUAUUAAAAGGAAUAGGAGAAACUUUCUGCCAACACUAUACUCAAUCAACAGAUGAACAGCCAGGAUCUCACAUAGACUUUGCUGUAAACAGACUAAAGCUGGCCGAAAUUUUGUAUUAUAAAAUAUUAGAGACUAUAAUGGUUCAGGAAACACGAAGACUUCAUGGAAUGGACAUGUCAGUUCUUUUAGAGCAGGAUAUAUUUCAUCGUUCCUUGAUGGCUUGUUGUUUGGAAAUUGUGCUCUUUGCCUAUAGCUCACCUCGUACUUUUCCUUGGAUUAUUGAAAUUCUCAACUUGCAACCAUUUUACUUUUAUAAGGUUAUUGAGGUGGUGAUCCGCUCAGAAGAAGGGCUCUCAAGGGACAUGGUGAAACACCUGAACAGCAUUGAAGAACAGAUUUUGGAGAGUUUAGCAUGGAGUCACAAUUCUGCACUGUGGGAGGCUCUCCAGGUUUCUACAAACAAAGUUCCUACGUGUGAAGAAGUUAUAUUCCCAAAUAACUUUGAAACAGGAAAUGGAGGAAAUGUACAGAGACAUCUUCCCAUGAUGCCAAUGUCUCCUCUAGUGCAUCCAAGAGUCAAGGAAGUUCGAACUGACAGUGGGAGUCUUCGAAGAGAUAUGCAACCAUUGUCGCCAAUUCCUGUCCAUGAACGCUACAGUUCUCCUACUGCAGGGAGCGCUAAGAGAAGACUCUUUGGCGAAGACCCCCCAAAGGAAAUGCUUAUGGACAAGAUCAUAACAGAAGGAAAAAAAUUGAAAAUCGCUCCUUCUUCAAGCAUUGCCGCUGAAAAUAUAUCAAUUUUACCUGGUCAGACUCUUCUAACAAUGGCCCCAGGCCCAGUAACAGGAACAGCAGGACAUAAAGUUACAGUUCCAUUACAUGGUGUUGCAAAUGAUGCUGGAGAGAUCAUGCUGAUACCUAUUUCCAUGAAUACAAAUCAAGAUUCCAAAGUCAAGAGUCCUGUAUCACUUACUGCUCAUUCAUUAAUUGGUGCUUCUCCAAAACAGACCAAUCUGACUAAAGCACAAGAGGUACAUCCAACUGGAAUAAGCAAACCAAAGAGAACUGGGUCCUUAGCACUAUUUUACAGAAAGGUCUAUCAUUUGGCAAGUGUACGCUUACGUGAUCUAUGUCUAAAACUGGAUGUUUCAAAUGAGUUGCGAAGGAAGAUAUGGACGUGUUUUGAAUUCACUUUAGUUCACUGCCCUGAUCUAAUGAAAGACAGGCAUUUGGAUCAGCUCCUCCUUUGUGCCUUUUAUAUCAUGGCAAAGGUAACAAAAGAAGAAAGAACUUUUCAAGAAAUUAUGAAAAGUUAUAGGAAUCAGCCCCAAGCUAACAGUCAUGUGUAUAGAAGUGUUCUGCUGAAAAGUAUUCCAAGAGAAGUUGUGGCAUAUAAUAAAAAUAUAAAUGAUGACUUUGAAAUGAUAGAUUGUGACUUGGAAGAUGCUGCAAAAACACCUGACUGUUCCAAUGGAUCAGUGAAAGAGGAAAGAGGUGAUCUUAUAAAAUUUUACAAUACAAUAUAUGUAGGAAGAGUGAAGUCAUUUGCACUGAAAUACGACUUGUCGAAUCAGGACCAUGUGAUGGAUGUUCCACCACUCUCUCCUUUUCCUCAUAUUAAACAACAGCCAGGCUCGCCGCGCCGCAUUUCCCAACAGCACUCCAUUUAUGUUUCCCCUCACAAGAAUGGGUCAGGCCUUACACCAAGAAGUGCUCUGCUGUACAAGUUCAAUGGUAGCCCUUCUAAGAGUUUGAAAGAUAUCAACAACAUGAUAAGGCAAGGUGAGCAGAGAACCAAGAAGCGAGCAAUAGCCAUCGAUAGUGAUGCAGAAUCCCCUGCCAAACGUGCCUGUCAAGAAAAUGAUGAUGUUUUACUGAAACGACUACAGAAUGUUGUCAGUGAGAGAGCAAGUCAUUAAUGUUGUUGUUUCUGUGAUAAAAGCACUUUCAGAUCAUUCUGCAGAAAGUUGGAGCUCUGUCCUUCAAACCUUUUUGGCCCUAUAGAUGGUAAAUAUCACUGGGUUAUAAGAAAAAAUUGCACAAAAAUUAUGUGCUUUUAAUACCCAAAAUGUGGUUGACAGAGAUGUAUUUUAAGUUGGAUUGGAAAGGAAUAUUUUAAGUGCCUUUUAAAAAUAUUAAUAGUCAAGGAAUUUUUUUUUUAAUGUGUGCUCCUUGGGUUAGUUUUCAAGAUGAAAUAAGGAGAAACCCUGUAACUUUUUAGCUCUCUUUUAAAAAUAAAUGUCUCCUUCUUCUGAGCUUUGUAAUAUGAGGAUAAAUAAUCUACUUUUGGUAAGCAUGCUUUCAGAUAUUUGUAUUCUCAAUUUAAUUGAAGGAGAGGGUUGGUUCCCAGAGUACCUGAGCCAGAGGGUGAUGUACCAGCCUGUCUCUGGCCCACUGUGGUAAUUACACAUCCAGGUGCCACCACCAUUCAGGGUUGUCUCACCCCUUCUCAUGCCUUUUCUCUCCUUGAGCAAAAGCAGAUUUGCACCUGAGCCCCAGUGCUACCCUUAUCCUUGCUUUUAAGCCCUAAGCCAUAUUAGCCUGAUGUUACAAACCAAAAAAUGGGCUACUUUUUCUUUUGUAAACUAUCAUUUUGGUUUCUGUGGCAUUAACUUAAUCAUGCAUGAUCGCGUUAACUCAUGUAGUUCUCAAAAUUGGCAGCUGCUUCUCAACCCAGUAGAAUAAAAUUCAGUUAGUUAUUAAAAGCUAAAUUUCCUGUUAGUAAGGUAACAUCUUGAUGAUGUAUGGUAUACUAUUUUUCACAUCGUACUAUCAGUCAUGUCUAAUUGAGUCCCUAAGAAUAUUUGAAAACGUUUAAAAAACCACAUAAAUAUCAUCUCAUGCCUCAUAAUUCUAAUAUAUUGAAUACAUCAGUAAAACAGCUGAUUAUUACUUCCCCCAACUUUGUUCUCAGUAUUAUUAGUGCAUCAUGAGUUUCCUGCUAGUGUUUGACCACUGGGUACUCCCGAAGAUGUUUUCCAGUACUAGGGAUGCAGCUUUCCAAAAUAUCACCUCUUUAACAUUUACUUUUUCUAAUAUGUGUCCAGAAUCCAGAGGGUAUGGAUAAGCCAUUCAUAGUUUAUUUUGAGAACUUUUAUCAAAUCUUUAUGUUUCUAACUGCAAACCUUAAUUUUUGAAAGGCACAAUGUUUAACUCACCUGUUUUUAACCAGGCUAAUUUAAAAUAGUCUAAGAUUUGGCUGUCACUAAUUAGUAUUCUCAAGAAUUUUAUUUUUCUAUUUUUAAGAAGAAAAGGGAUUUUGGUCACAUUUUGCUUGUAAAUGAAAAUUACAUCCUCAUUCUUUGUGUAGUAUCUACACAUUGUUAUAAGCCAAAUAACAAAAUCUGUCUUGAAUCCUUGUACAUAUUUGUAUGUCGCCAUAACUGUUGUAUCAUUUUUAUCUUCAUUAUUAUGCAAAAUGUAAAUGAGCAUUUGUACAUUGACUGUAUAAGAAACCCUGGGCUGGGUGCUGUGGCUCAUGCCUAUAAUCCCAAUACUUGGGAGACCAAGGGAGGAGGAUUGCUUCAGUCCAGGAGUUCAAGACCAACUUGGGCAACAUAGUGAGCCCUCAUCUGUACAGAAAAAUUUAAAAAUUAGUUGGGCAUGGUGGCAUGUGCCUGUAGUCCCAGCUACUCAGGAGAUUGACAGGAGAGGAUCACUUGAGGCCAGGAGAUUGAGGCUGUAGUGAGCUGUGAUUACACCACUACACUCCAUCCUAGGUGAGAGGGUGAGACCCUGUCUCAGAAAAGAAAAAAAAAAGAAAUUCUGGACAUGUUUUACCAUUUUCAGGACUUGCUAUCAAUGUACAUAAAAUGGCUAAUAAAAAUUGGAAUUGAGAUUAUUGAAAAAAA